AUGGGAGAUAAGCCAAUAACUUUUAUUGAGAAGUAUAGUGAAGUGUUACAAGGUAGGAGAAUCCCCAUCAAACAGAAAGAUCCUGGAGCUGUCAUAAUCUCAUGGAAUAUAGAAAACAAAAAUUUCAAGAAGGUUUUGAUUAAUUCUGGAGCUAGUGUGAGCCUAAUGUCGAUGUCCAUUUAUCAAAAACUUGGUAUUGGAAAGGUAAGCAAUACAGGGACAAAUCUAAAAUUUGCAGAUCCCUGCAUAAAGCAUGCAUAUGGGAUAGUAGAAGAUAUACUGGUGACAAUAGAGGAAUUUAGUUUUCCUGUUGAUUUUGUGAUCAUGGAUAUGCCUGAGAAUAAAGAGACACCUAUUAUUCUUGGUCGACCAUUCUUGCUUACAAGUCAAUGCAAUAUCAACGUGGAAAAAUGUAUACUAACUAUAAAAGCUUAUGAUGAUAAAAUAACUUUGGAUGUGCUUGAAAACAGGAAGCACGAAGGAGAAAAAGGAAAUCACUAUCAAGUAGGCAUGAUAAAAACAUGUGUCAAAAUCUCAAGUCAAAGACCACCACAAGAAAAAGUCUCAAGGAAGACAUCUCAAAUGGUGUCAUCUCCAUUAGGAACCAUGAGUGAAAAAAUCCUAGAUCCAUUCCAAAAUCCAAGAGAAAAAAGAAAAAGUGGCAUUGAGGUAAGACUAUGA